UAUAAAGAGACCUGUGGGCGCUCAGCAGCACAGACUUUGUGGGGACAGCUCUCCUCCCUCCCAUCCGCAGCUGUGUCCAGCGCCACUCACUACACCAGAAAGAUGGCACCGGUUGCCGGCAAGAAGGCCAAGAAGGGGAUCCUAGAACGUUUAAACGCCGGAGAAGUUGUGAUUGGAGAUGGAGGGUUUGUCUUUGCGCUGGAAAAGAGGGGCUAUGUCAAGGCGGGGCCCUGGACACCGGAAGCUGCUGUGGAGCACCCUGAGGCAGUUCGCCAGCUUCACCGGGAGUUCCUCAGGGCUGGUUCGAAUGUCAUGCAGACCUUCACCUUCUAUGCCAGUGAAGACAAGCUGGAGAACAGAGGAAACUAUGUGGCGGAGAAGAUAUCUGGGCAGAAGGUCAAUGAAGCUGCGUGCGACAUCGCCCGGCAAGUGGCCGAUGAAGGAGACGCUUUGGUUGCCGGAGGUGUGAGCCAGACACCUUCAUACCUCAGCUGCAAGAGUGAGAUAGAAGUGAAGAAAAUAUUUCACCAGCAGCUAGAGGUCUUCAUGAAGAAGAACGUGGACUUCCUCAUUGCAGAGUAUUUUGAACAUGUUGAAGAAGCUGUGUGGGCAGUGGAAGCCUUAAAAACAUCUGGUAAACCUGUAGCGGCUACCAUGUGCAUUGGGCCUGAAGGGGAUCUGCAUGGGGUGUCCCCCGGAGAGUGUGCAGUGCGGCUGGUAAAAGCAGGUGCCUCCAUUGUCGGUGUGAACUGCCACUUCGACCCCACCACCAGCCUCCACACGGUGAAGCUCAUGAAAGAGGGGUUGGAGGCCGCCCGCUUGAAAGCUUACCUGAUGAGCCAGCCCUUGGCCUACCACACCCCCGACUGCGGCAAACAGGGAUUUAUCGAUCUCCCAGAAUUCCCCUUUGGCCUGGAACCCAGAGUUGCGACCAGAUGGGAUAUUCAAAAAUAUGCCAGAGAGGCCUACAACCUGGGGGUCAGGUACAUCGGCGGCUGCUGCGGAUUUGAGCCCUACCACAUCAGGGCGAUUGCAGAGGAGCUGGCCCCAGAAAGGGGGUUCCUGCCACCAGCUUCAGAAAAACAUGGCAGCUGGGGAAGUGGUUUGAACAUGCACACCAAACCCUGGGUCAGAGCCAGGGCCAGAAAGGAGUACUGGCAGAGUCUCCGGAUAGCUUCUGGCAGGCCAUAUAACCCUUCAAUGUCCAAGCCAGAUGCCUGGGGGGUGACCAAAGGAACAGCUGAGCUGAUGCAGCAGCGGGAGGCCACCAGCGAGCAGCAGCAGAGAGAGCUCUUUGAGAAACAGAAGUUCAAGUCUGCACAGUAGCCGCGGGGCAACCAUUUAGGGGGGUGAAUUCGUCUACACCCAGGCCA